AUGUUCGCAAUUCUCCAUUGGUGCCGACAUACUCUCGGUACUUCCUGCCUUAUCGUGUGUAAAGGAUGCAGGACAAGACAAAAAUUGCCGACAAGCAACAUGUCUACUGAAACGAGGGCACAAUCUUUGAGUAAAAUACACAAUCCGAAGUGGAUAUCGGCACUGGAGGCACUGGAGGCGCAGACAACGGGCUGGCACCUCUAUAGAUUCUCUCCUCGAGCUGCCACCUGCAGUUUUAAGUGCAGAGUGCUGGAAGGAUCAGUCAACGAGCGCGUUCGGGUUUUCUGA